UGCAACGCGCCAGUCAGUGAGGGCCCCACCGUUCGCGCUACCGACUUACGCAUCCAGACACCGCGUAUCACACGCCCACUAAUCUGCAAAGUCACAGAGCACGACUGCGGCCCAGACAACGGACAAUAUGGCACAAGUUGUACUCUAUCCACCUGUCGAGAACAUGACUCUACCAUGGGAAGGUGAAAUAUAUGGAGGUGUCAAGGAAGGGACUGUGUUCUUCAUAACUGGCACGCCCGGGGAAAACCCUACUCAACACGGCUUCUUCGUCAACCUGCAAGAAGGGCCAAUGACACCAGACGUCAACAUCGGCUUCCACUUCAAUCCUCGCGCACCUGAAUCGAUAUGCAUUCGAAACUCGCGACUCGGUCCAGAAUGGCUCGCAGAGGAGAGAGAUGCCCGCCCUCCGCUUGACACCGUCAAGUGGCAAACGAACAGUUCAACAUCGUCAUCCGAUGCGAGAAAAACAAGUUUCGCGUGGAUGUGAACGGUAAGCAUCUGAUCAACUACCAGCACAGGAUCAAUCCCAUGUGCAACCUCUCCGUCAUACGUAUCUCGGGCGAGGUAACGAU